AUGCCAAUUACCACGCAUACGCAACGCCAUCAAUCAUCAUCUCUUUGCUUUUCUCAUAAUACUUCUACUACAUUGUCCUCAUUUAGCGUUGUAAAUCACUUAUCCCCUGAAAUUUUCGUUGCUAUUGUUCGUGACUUAUCGCCUGCAGAUCUCUUGAACCUGACGUUCGUAUGCAAAUUGUAUCGAGAAUAUUUAUGCUCGCCGAAUUCUUCCAUGACACAAGAGAUAUGGCGGCGCUCACGAUUGUGUUAUUAUCCAUCGCUAUCUCUGCCGCCGCCUGAAGGAAUGGACGAGAAAUCGUACCUAGAGUUUGCGCGGUUGCGUGAAGAUUGUCAGCUUUGUGGUCGAGUUGUCAACUUGGUUGUUCAUUGGGCAUUUAGAUUACGUUGUUGUGAUAGAUGUCUGAAAACUAAUAUUAAAUGCGAAAGAGAAAUUUGCGAUUAUUUUUGCACCCCAGAAGAAAAACGAGCAAUUCUUCAAGGAUUGCCAUACAUUGAAAUUCGCAGUGAAAGAUUUUACUGGAAAUACCAGUGGACAUUAGCAGAGUACCGAUACAUCUCAUGUCACCCUAGGAAAAAAAGUCUAUGGCUAGAUCAACAAAAACUAAGCACACUAAAAAUCAUGGAUGACGCCAAAUCGCGAAUGCAAAGUUCCAUCACGCAAAAUCGAAAAUGUCUCAUUCGUGAAACCAAGCAAACAAUGAUCGACUCAAUUAUCGACGAGUUGUGUGAGAUUCGAUCUCUGGAUGGUGAGCAAGUUUAUCGAUCGACGUAUCUUCGACGAUCUCCUGCAUAUUGUCGCGCGAUGAGCAAUAUCAGCGAGCCGAUUAAUGACGAUUGGAUUGCUAUUAAAAAAUCUAUGAAGAAAACUUAUACAGCUGUCACUUUUGCUAUCGAGUUCAGCCAACGGCAAAUUCAAAUUGAACAUCGGAUCGAUCAAUUAUGGCGAUCACCAAUCCAAUUAAAAGAUCCCUGCUUAAGAUAUCUUCGCUUCUGUCCAACCUAUAAAAACUUAAUAUUCUUCAACAACGACCCGUCAAUUCCAUUCACAAAAUGCCAGCUUUAUUGUCUAAUAUGUCAAAUCAAAGCUGAGGCCGAAUAUUAUCGCAAACAUCCAAACGAGUUGAGCCAUGUUGCACGAGCGUUAAUUCUCGGGCUUGAAAGAUUACAAAUAUUCAGGUGUGCGUUGUGUUGUAAAAACGUCAAUUCUAAAAUCAAUUAUCGGUUUAUUGAUGUGCGUGAUCAUUUAGAGGGUUCGUUUCAUUGUGUAUUGAAGUUUGUGGAAGAGGAUCAUGUGUUGAUUAAUGAGUAUGGAUUGGAAAUUUUGAGAAAAAGGGAAUAUCGAUAUAACAGAUAA